AUGGGUAUUCAAGCACACCAGACUUCCAAUGCUGACGAUGGGCUCACACCAGAAGAGCCAGAUGCGACCAACACUGUCAUACUACUUCAGUACGCCAAUGGCACACGUCAAACUGGCCCCCGCUCACUGGCUCUGAGCUUGUGUAUAACCAGCCGAGACGCUCCCCACGGCUCCUCGAGCAUGAACCCAGUUUUUCUGCAAAACCGCGACGCGGGGACCGAUACCGGGUAUGCACUCCCACGCCCACCCUCCCCUCGCACAGCUUCGCCGGAGCCUGUCAGACGCCGCCGGCCCCAGCCCCACCUGGGCCCACGCGCAGGGCGGCCGCGCCGACGCCCUCCGCGCCCGUGCCCUCCGCAGGGACCGGGAGAGGAACCGCCGGGGUGCGGGGCCCGCGGGGUCCGGCCUCGUCUCGGGACCCGCGGCGGGGGAGGAUUGCAAGGGGUGCCCCCGACCCCAGGCCCCAGCGUGCGCUGGCCCCCUCCCCGGACACACAGACAAAAGGACCGACAGCCCGCGACCGUGAGAGGGGCGAGGAGCCGCAGCAUCCUCAGCCAGGCCCGGGAGGGUAGGAAUCCGGGGUCUUUUUACCCGGAGCCUCGGCGUUCCGCGGCGCUCCGGGCCCCUGGGCCCCGCCUCCGGACAGACGGACCGCGGGACAAUGGGCCCCGGGCCGCAGCUCGGGCCGGCCGGGCCGGGGCUCUCCGGCACUGGGCCCCGGCGGGCGGAGGGCGGCUCCGGGCCAAGCCGGUGACUGGGAGUCGUGGGGCGGCGCUGCAGACGGACAAAGCCAACGGCAGACAGACAGACGGAGGGGGAAAAGAUGGCGACGCGGGCGGCGGGAGCGCGCAGCUCGCGCACCCGCAGCGAGAGGGGCGCGUGCACGAGCCUCUUCUCUCCCCCUCCCCCUCUUCUCUAGCUUGGUCCCCCUCCCCGCUCCCCGGGUGCGCGCCUGGCGGCAUGGGCGGGGCUUACGGGGGACGGGGGGUCCUGGGAGGCAGGACUUAA